AUGGAUGAGCUAAUUCUCUCCAUGCUAGUGGACGAUAUUGGUGUAACGCGAAAGCGACAGCAAGAACACAACUCACCGCAUCGACAGGAUCUCUCCUCCGCAGCAGUGUUGCCAGCUGCGAUCGUGACCGAACGAUCCACCAACAGUCGGGCUCCCUAUUCGACGCCUGCGACUAUCUGGGCCACGGUGGUGAGCGGCGGUACGAGCCUCGGGCCGGGCAGCAUUCCGACCCCGUUCGCAGUGUUGCUGGCGCACAAUCAGACUGCCGGUGCCCAUGGCUUCGGCCAGGGUUUCACCGGAGCCGGAGGUGGAUCCGAUGCCGGGGAGGCGGGCGGCAGUGGGAGCGGCGAGGCCAUCGUUGGACCGGCGGCAUCGAUCGGGUUCGGUGGUGCGCUCGGUGUGUCCGUUACCGGCGGUACGACGGUAGCCACGAUCGUGUCCUCCACGCUGGCGAACGCCACCCUGUCCGAGCACGAGCUCGACCUGGACACGAUCCGCAAGGUGAUCAUUUGCAUCGUACUGUUAGCUGUGAUAUUCGGCACGAUCGUCGGCAACAUACUGGUGUGUGUGGCCGUGUGUCUGGUGCGGAAGCUGCGCCGACCCUGCAACUAUCUGCUGGUGUCCCUCGCCGUGUCGGACCUGUGCGUUGCCUGCCUGGUGAUGCCACCCGCCCUGAUGUACGAGGUGCUGGGCGAGUGGAACUUCGGGCGCGUGUUCUGUGAUAUUUGGGUGUCGUUCGAUGUGCUGUCCUGUACCGCCUCCAUCCUGAACCUGUGCGCCAUCUCGGUGGACCGGUACUGGGCGAUCACGAAACCGCUCGAGUACGGUGUGAAGCGGACACCGCGCCGCAUGAUGCUGUGCGUGGCGCUGGUGUGGCUGGCGGCCGCAUGCAUCUCCCUGCCACCGUUGCUCAUACUCGGCAACAAGCACACGAUCGGUGACGGGCCGGAACAGCGUCCGUUCUGUGCGGUGUGCGAAGACGUCGGGUACCAGAUCUACGCGACGCUCGGUUCGUUCUACAUUCCGCUCGCGGUGAUGUUGUUCGUGUACUAUCAAAUCUUUCGCGCAGCCCGGCGAAUAGUGAAGGAUGAAAAGCGGGCACAGACACGGCUGGAGAACAGCUUGGCGGUGGAUAAGCUGAGCGCCACCACGAAUGCGACGACGACGACGACGGCCAUGAGCUUGAAGCCGCCGGACUCGAUCGGUCCGGCGAUGGGUAACGCCGGUACUGCGUUGGGCGCUGGCGGUGGAUCACCGCACCAGAAGAAGCUCCGCUUUCAGCUGGCCAAGGAGCGGAAGGCAUCGACCACGCUCGGCAUCAUCAUGUCCGCGUUCACGAUCUGCUGGUUGCCGUUCUUCAUACUGGCGCUAGUGCGACCGCUCAUGGACGAUGACUAUCCGACGCUGUCGUCGUUCUUCCUGUGGCUCGGCUACGCCAACUCGCUGCUGAAUCCCAUCAUUUAUGCGACGCUGAAUCGCGACUUCCGGAAACCGUUCCAGGAGAUCCUGUACUUCCGCUGCUCGAACCUAAACAUCCUGAUGCGGGAGGAUUUCUACCACAGCCAGUACGGUGAGCCCGGGUCGCAGCGGUUCGUGCUGGAAAAUGAAGGGCAGCACACUGCCCGGGAAAGCUUCCUUUAACUCGAUCGCAGUGUCGCGCGAUGGCACGCCCGGGACGGUAAAGGUACGCACGUUGUCCGGCCGGGUGGACGUGGGAUUGUUCCUCGUAAAAGUGCUUUCACACGAACUGAAAAUGCUUUCCCGUGCCGUACGGAUCGCUUGCUCGUUGGCAGUUUGAUAUUCCUUUUUGUCUGUCCUAAUCCUUGUAUUACGCCAUACCCGAGCCAGUUGUGCUCGGUCUGUGCGACGGUGCAGUGCCGUGCUUCGUGCAGCCAUAGUAGUAUUAAAUGUUUCAAGCACUAACUGUAGCUGAUGAUGUACGUAAAGCAGGCGGUAAACUCGAUGAAUCUACACAGAUAAGCUACGAUAGCGUAAAGGGUAGCAUGCUACUGUACAACACAAACGAUGGCCGCUGUUAGCGGCAGAUAGUCGAGGAGUCGUUAGGUUUCCAUGAGACAAAUAUUGGUGGAGCUGUAUAGUAAUUAUUAAAUUAAUAAUUAUUCACCACCGCUCGUACAUAUGCAGAUCGUCCUACGGAAGGCAGCCAUGGAAGCUAAAAAGGAGUGAACGAAUACAAAACAUUACACAAUGCACAACAAACAAAUAAAAAAAAACCCACAACCAAGCCGAUACAAUCACGCUGUCUAAUUAGAAGGUAAAUGGUAAACACAACAAUCCAAUCCAAUUUGUAUAACCGUUUGGCACAAGCCAGUAGUGAGGCUUUGCCUGAAAGAAUUGAAAAGUAAAACUAAACCUAAACACGCAAAACGGUAGUGAGUUUCAUUUUAGGACACCGUUGAAGAUAAUGCAAGGUAAUCUUUAGUUUAGAAUGUAUGCAUAUACUAGCACGUAGCGAAACAUAUUGGGACUAGUUUUGUUGGUAGCAAAAAUGUGUAUGUAUCCGGCCGACUAUCUACCGAAUGAGCGGGUACUGAUGCUGUCCAAGCAACUGGACAGUUGUUCUAGAUCUCAGAAGUAUCGAACAAGUAGAGAUGUUUGUUUCUUUGUUAGCAAUGGAUGUUCACAGGAUUGUUUUUAAAUAAUAAAACUUUCGCUCCAAGUCCUUUUAGGUAUUCGGCAUACGUUUAAUUGAUUAAUUUCGGAUAGAUAUGUUUGAUUUAAGCCACGGUAAAUGGGUUUCCUUUAGCAUGGGGUGGAUUCUGUGCUCUUCUUAUCACAUAGAAUAGAGUAAUGUACGUUAGGUAUUGGUUUCCUUUAUGAGACAAAAGUGUAUUACAACCAGUGAACAGAACAUAAGACUUUAAAUGCGAACAAUUACUAUGUCGUAAGCGCUCUGAAGCAGUAAUGGAAGGUUAUAGGAAGAAUAUUGGAAGAAUUUACUCGUAAAACGAAAACCGAACUCUUUUAGCAUGUAAACGUAAUGUUGUAAGUGAUAUACGAUCGAACUGGGUGUGUGUGUGUGUGCGUGUCUGUAUGUGGCAUGUCUGGGAAGGGUGUUAGUGGGCAAGGUGUCUAGUAUUAUACUGCUAGGCAUAUAUUUUCCGUAGGCUCUAAAGCAAAAACGAUGCAUGUGUUGGCAGCAGACGUCGUUAGCAGGAAGACCGAUUCCCGUCGACGGUUAUAAGCGUCAGCGCCGGUCGGGUAGAUGUUUUUCGGCUUUUGGACGUGUAUACUAGAGUUAAAAAAAUGGUGAGCAGGGAAGCACACUCGUAAAGCUACAGGAAACAAACAAGCAGGUGUACCAAGGCACAGGCGCAAUACACUAGAGUCAAAUGCUGCACCAUCUGUGUAUGUAGGGUGAAGGAAAAACAAAACACAUUCUCGAUGCAUGUACUAUUUACAAUUCUGCUCUCCAAUACUACCACUUAGGGCAUGGCGGGCAAAGCCGGGUGUGUGUUACACGCAUUCGAUUAUUUACAAGCAGAUGUGCAGAUGAGUUGUUGCGUUGUUUUUCGACUGUUUUUUUUUUUAAUUGUUUUCUAUCGAUGAUUGAAUCUCUUCUACAGAUCGUAUUUAUAGCAAAAUCUGAACCUAGACUUACACUUAAGAUGCGUGGUGCGAACCGUUUCGAACGCUACUCGUAUACCUUAACUGAGCUUUUUUGGAAUAUGUUACCGGAAUACUAAAUAUUUUUAAUGAAGAAAGACCUGAGGCUCAAACUGAAUCAUUCUCUGAAACCAUCAAUUCUCUCGAUAGAUGUAUGCUUCAGUAGGGUGAACGACGGUUACGGUAUUAGGCGUAUAGUAAACCAUGUAAACCGUGCUCGCGGUACGGAUAAACCGUGCGCGCCGACAUGGCAGCUGAAGAGGAUACUUAAAAAUCUAUUCUGUGGCGGAGACCCGCCGCGCCGGGUCACCGAGAUGCGUAUAUUCGAAACAAAAGUCUGGUUGAUUUUAUACUGAAAUCUAUGAUUGCUCCUAUUGCUAAGAGGUGGCGUACGCGCAGUGGUAAAUAAAUAUCAACUAGAGGAAUAUUUAAAUGGUUACCUUUAAAACAAAUCCAUAAAAGGUAGAAAGAAAUAUGGAUUCUUCACACACGCGCUAAAAUACUCCCGCCGAAUGGGCACGAAUGGGAGGAACUAAAAAUAAAUAAAACAAG